AUGGCCAGAGGACAGCCUCGUUCGACACCGCCGCAAACCAACCCACCCCCCGCCGAUGUCGACAUGACGGACCUCAUGAACCCCGCUAGCCAGGAUGAGGACGUCCGCCCGGUAGACCGUACACCGACCAGUAACCCCUCGUCGACUUUGCCGCUGCUUUACGAUCUCGACGCCCUGGCCCAAAUCCCGCAGGGAGAGUUCACCAAGGACGUUCCGCCCGCGCCGAUAGGGGAGUUCACGAAACCACGCAAAACGUCGACGCCGACGGAUGCAGGGGAGGCCGGGCCGUCGUCUGUGCCGGACGGAUCGGGCGACCAGGAUGAGGACGAUUAUUCAUCGGCGAGCGACGACGACGACGAAGACGACCCGCGGCCCCGACGUGGUGCAGGUCCGCGCACAUUGGAAGAAAAACUCAGGGGGGAACGUGCGUUCAUAGAGGAACUGUUGGACGAGAACGAGCUUGAGGAUCUGCUGCACACGUCGGUCCCUCGAGAAAUGUGGAAGGCGGCCGACUUCGUAGAGGAAGAUAUGGUGUAUGCGUGCGUCGACGUGCUCGUGAUGGAGGCAAUGCGCCACCUGAAAACCAUAGAGGCCAAGAGCACGCUCAAGUCCUACACCUCAUGGAUAUACGACUACAAAAGGUGGACGGCGAAGAUGCUUAAAAAAAUUGGCGACAAACUGCCGACAGCAGAACAAAUGAGGCACGUCGACGAGAUAGAGCACUGGACACACAACAACAAGAGCAAGGAUUGGGACAACGAGAAGGUGGUCAAGCGGAAGCACAUAUGGCUGCACGGCCCCCGGGUCACUAGUACGCGACUGCGCGCCUACAUCAAGUUCAUGAGGCGGGAGUACAAGAUCGACGCCGACACGAACGAGCCAGUGCGAGCCUACACGGUGCACAUGAUCCUCGGCCGCAUCAAGGCCUGCCAGAUGGCGGCGAGGGUGGAGGCGACGCUCUUCAAGGAGAAGGAGUUGGGCAUCAUGCGGGAAAUCUCGGUGGUCCGGUCGGAGGUGCUCACGCUGCUCUCCCACCACAGCCUCAUGCGCGGUGCAAGCAUACGCGAGAUAACGCUCCCCGACAUCUUCCUGUACCGACUGGCGAGCACCUCGUCGGUGAACCCGGAUAACCAGCCGGUCGUCAUGGUGGUCGCCGCGCGGAACUCGAAGACGUCGAAGGAUGCGCGUCUUCAACAGAGCUACGCGGCGCGGCACCUAGAAGCGGAGUUGUGCGCCGUCGGCGAGACCGGGCUGUGGUUACACUUCGUCCUCGACCAGAUCGGCCAGUUUCACGGAGUCGACCUCAUUCCGCCGGUCGACACCAGCACACGCGAGCUCUGGUACAAGAAGCACCUGUUCUUCGCCCGCAACGACCCCGAGCAGGGCGAACUCUCAGCUCCCAGCCACCAGCGAUGGACGAGGCAGAUGUGGAAGACGAACGGGGUGUUCUGCAAGCGGAACGUCCAUGCCGCUCGGGCGGGCGGGGCGCAGGAGUUGGCCAUCCAAGGUACGCCUCGCGCCGAGAUAGCCGAGCUGGGUCACUGGGCUCUCGACAAGAUGACUCGAGCCUACAUCACGUCCAUUCCCGUCGGCGUGGUGAUGAAGAAGGCCGGCUAUUCGGGAUUCACGCAGGACUACUUCUUGGGUCGCAGUAGGGUGGAACCGGGAGACGAACUCCUCGCUCUCAUCGCCGAGCACAUCUUCCCCGACGUCGACGACCUCCUCAACAAGGCAGAAGAACUCGCGAAGAAGGGGUCCGACGCCGACGUUGCGGCCGUGCAUUUCUGGCGCACCCUUCUGAUGUUCCGCCGCAUUGUCGCCGAGGACCUCGCGGUGAAACUCGUCCGCACCCCUUGGCACCCGUACAUCCAGUAUUCCAAGCUCUGCCGGAUUCCCCUCUUCCAGCACUGGGCGAAGAGGGUCGAGAAGACCGACACCGACACCAUAAAAAAGCGGCAAGAUCCAACCCUCAUCCAGCCAGAGGAGAUAUCGGUCCGCCAUGACGCCCAGUUCGCGGUCGUCUCCCUCACGGAGACGCUUAAGCUCGAGAGGGAGCGGUCAACGGUCCAGAAGCUCGACCUCGAGGAGAAGAUCGAGAAUCGCGACGCAACCAUCGCGUCGCUCGCGGCCGAGAUAACACGCCUCACCGAGGCUCUCCGCGUUUCAGAAGCUCGAAGGAUGCCGGAGGCGCCGCCAGCUGCUAACGACCAGUCGCCGAGCGACGGUGGCUCCGCGGAGUCGGCAAGCAGGGGUGGAGGAGCCAACAAACCCAAUAAACCCCCACAGACGGUCGAGGAGGCUAGCUACGAGCUGAACGUAGUGCAGCCUUGGCGGACUGCAACGACCGUCAAGGACGCGUGGCGCCUCUGGACCUCGUGCACCAGCGCCGACACCCGUCGUCUGUGCGACAGGUUCAGGGAGCCGGGAUUCGUCGACCGCCACACCCUCCUCGACGGAGCCUCGCAGGGAGCACACGGGACGAGGGUGCGCCGCAUGAUGAAGGUCAUCGAUGCGGUGCGCCAGCUUCGCAGGAGCGACGGCGAAGCCGACACGGAAGCCACCGUCGACGCGCUUAACAAGAUAGCGUCGCCUGGCAUUGGGACCUUCGCGGAUGCCCUCACGGUGCUCAACGCGGACGCCGUAGCGACCUAUGCUGGGCAGGGUAAGGGCGUCAAAGGGCUCGGCAAGACGGAAUUUUCCAAGCUUCGUGUCGCCUGUGCGUUCGUGGCGCGCGGGCUCAAGCCCGAAACGUGGGUCGCCGACCUGUUCCCGGACACCUGGGUUGAGCAGAUGAAGAAGACGUUGGCCGACCUGGCCCGCGAAAACGACGCCGGGCAGCUGCCUCCGACCAAUAAGUCGACCAAGCGCAAGAAAACCGCUUGA